AGUUUUUUAGAUUAUUAGCCCAUAAACUGGCUUUGAGUAAAGAUCAAUUAGUUAUAGGAAUAGUAUAUUCUAUAUGCCCCUUUUAAAUGAAAUCUAAAUAAUUGCUCAAGUCUUGCAGUAUUAGCAUAACCAAUACUUUCUAGAAACGAGUUUUUGAGGACUUUUUUACUAUGGGCAUUGAUCGAUACUUAAGAAUGAACGGUUAUUGUUAUAUAUAAACGGAAACAAAAUUAAUUAAUUUAAAAAUAGUCAACUUUUUUAAAGUUUUAGUUUUCAAAAGGUACUGCGCAGUUCACUUAGUGCUUGUAUAUCUCUGAACAGCUGAUCCUGAGAUUUGAAAUUCCUCCCUUAAAACAAGGGCUGGCAACCCUGCCAAAGGCGAAUAACGGAAUGGCCGCCAAUAACAAAAAGGGACGCCAACUGAAGGUAUUUACCUGAAAUGACGCCGUAAUCCUGUUUAAUUGCAGCUUGCUCGCCAUAAAAGUAAGGUCCCAGACUAACGACAAAAUCGGUACAAAAACUUUUACCUGCGAGGUGCAUAAAACCCUUGAUAGAGACUUAAAAUUCUAGCAUUAAGAUUGUGAAACUCGAAGUGAAAACAACAUACCAAAAUGGUUCUGGCUCCAGAAGUAAGAAGUAUUGUAAAGGCACUAAAGGGUUCCAAUAGCUGCGAGGAGAUAGCGCAGAUCCUAGAGUGCGACGUGGAGAGCGUGGUGAGCUGCAUCAGGGAGUGUGAACUGCUCGAAGGAAAGACAGCCACAUUGAGAUUGCCACAAAAACAAAAAACAACAAAAUUAACAGUGCCUGUGAGUGUUCAAGAGGAAGAUAAGAAACGCGACGUAGGCAGACCGAAGGUCCUGGAAAACCGCAAACUUGUCGAACAGAUGCUAAGUAAUAAUCCGCACUUCACCUCAAUCGAUGUCCAGCGGGAGCUAGCCAGCCAUGGUAUAGAGAUCAGUCGCAGGACAUUACAGCGCAGGAUCAGCGAGAUUCGUUCUAAGAACACACAACAACGAAGUGGAUCAACGUCCCCAAAAAAAUAUGACACUCUUGUCCUCAGCGAAGAGGCCAAAAUGAAAAGAUUGGCCUGGGCCACCGCUCAUCAGGAUUGGACAGUCCGUGACUGGCGUAACAUUUUCAAUAUGGACGAUCUUAAGUUCGUGGACGAAUCGUCACCGCCAAAAGAGAUAUUUCUAGACUCUCUGAUGGGUCCCGAGGUCACCGUCUGCAGUGACCUUAAUCUUCUUGAGCAAUUAAUGGCCAUUAUCCAGCCAAGAAUCCAGAAUCAAGCACCCAAGAAUGUCAGCGAGUUCCGUGCUGUAUUGUAUGAUGUUUGGCACAGCGACCAAGAGUUGGUGGACAAGAUCGAGAUGCUCUAUGAGUCGAUGACCUGGCGGGUUUUGGCAGUUCUCCGUAAUGGUGGAGAUCGGACCGAAUUCUGCUAGCUUAGCUAUAGAUUUUUGUAUCGUACAGUGAUUUAUGAAUGUUGAAUUAAGAAUGACUGCAUUCAUCAUCAAGUUUGAUAACUUUAUUAUGUUUUUGGUGGCCAUAUGAUGUACAUGGUACACUGUGAUUAGGAAUAAGUACUUCAUUUCAUUUCACACCAAAAUAAA